UACAAUAUUAUUUAUCUGUGCCCACUUUGCCAGCUGACAUUGACAGAUAACAAGUUAUUGUGUUUCAACAUUACACUACAAAUAAAUACGUGAAAGGAUCGUGAAUGCUAUGGCGUUGAGUUAUUUUAAUGAAAGCGAGGCGCCCCGGGACUUCCGAGUAUCUUCGACGGAGAGUGAUGGCCACUACAAGAAAUGUCUCCUUUGUUACACCGUGAAAAAGAACUUUUAUUGUCCGGAUUGCGUCAGGGCGGGCAAUUUCGUACAUUCGUCUAUGCCUUACGCAGAUAGAUAUGCAGAGAAACAAGGAAAACUACUCCGUGUGAAAGUGAACCGUAAACAUGUACUGGACCAAUGUGAGAGACUGUUAGCAAAUAAACUAAAAAGGGACACAUUAGUGACAGAAGCCAAGCAGUCACGGGACAAACUAGAGCUGCUGAGACUGGCCAUACAACAGAGACGCAGAAACAUUGAAGAGAAACGCAGAGAACUGACAGAACUUAGAAACUACAAUAAUGAGCUGACAAUAAAGUUACCGAGGUACCAGAAGCGAGUGACAAGCCUGGGCAAGCAUGCAGAGGUGCAAAGAAUGGAGCUGGAGAAUAAAGUCAGUAUGUACACGGAACAAACAGACGCACUGGCAGCUUUACGAAGAUCUCGGAUACGACAGCUGACAAAAUAUAUAUUUCCUGUUUAUAUUACAUAUGAUACUAGCGAGAGUAUAGAGGACAUGGAGUUUAUAGGUGAGGACACGGAGGAGGAGCCCCCGCACCGGCCGCAGCUGCACAUCGUGGCGCCCUGGAUACACACCGACGGGGACUUCUCGCAAGUCCAGGCCUGGCUCCGGCAGAACAAGGAGACGAUGGGCCCGGGCGGCGCGGUGUGCGCGGGCGGCGCGGUGAGCCCGGGGGCGCGCGCCUGCGCCGCGCUGGCGCUGUGUGCGCAGCUGCUCGCGCUGCUCAGCUGGGCGCUCGACGCCAGGCUGCCGCACACCAUAUCGCUCAACGAGUACAGCAACUGGCGCGUGUCGGAGGGCGGCGUGGCGCGCGGCGCGCGGCGGCUGGGCGCGGCGGGCGCGUGGCUGGCGGCGCGCGCGGCGCUGCUCCCGCCGCACGCGCCGCACGCCGCCAGCCCGCCGCACGCGCUGGCCGCGCUGCACUCGCUCGUCGUCGCCGCCAACACCGACGACCCCAUGCUGGGCAGAGUGGAGUCGUGGACGAGUAGUUGCGACGCGGCGGCGCGGUCGGUGUGGGCGGAGGCCAUCGCCGCGCUCGGGGACCUCGACACCGACGAUACCGAGCCGCCCGAACAUCUACACUGGCCUGAGGCCAUGGAGAUGGAGGAGUUGAGCUGUAGCCCGGCGUCGCCCGCGCCGGCGCCGUCGCUCGUGACGUCAGCGGCCGCGUCUCUGGCCUCCAUGUGGAGAGUGUUCACCAAGUGACCUACACAACAUACUAUACAUCACAUCUAACUAACUAACUAAGCUACCUAUCUAACUACUAGUCUCAAUAACGUUUGGUAAUUUGGCUACUAGAGAUAGGGUUUUGUAAUAAUGAGACUGGUUGUAAGUCGUCAAAGAUAUUUACAGAUGAGUACAGCUGCUUGUCGAAGUAGAUGCGUUACUUACACUUACUCAAGUCGCCCAUGACAUUGUCUUCCGGAAGCAAGCGAUCGCGUUUUGACGACUCCAUCAAUAGAUGAUUGACAAUAGAACUUGUUCUACUAUAGCAUAUUAGAUAAUAAUAACUAAUUUUUAUUGUGUGCCACUGAGAUUCUAAAAUAGUUUUUGCACUCAAUUGUUCACCAGCUGUAUUGAAUUAGGUCACUACAGCUGUCAAAUAUAUUUUUAUGAAUAGACUACAGCUCUAGAGACUUUAAAUCUCCAUCACCGCCCUCUAGCGGCCGAUAUUUUGUCGUAGAUAGAUAAAAAAAUAUAAUAUACCUACCAAAGCAAGUCAAAUAGUAUAAAGAAGUCGCACAUACUUUAUAAUAGUUAUAAAAAGCUAACAGUAGUACACAGAAACUGCUACAUAUGUAUGUAACGUAUUAUAGGACUAAAUUAAAUGUUCAUCUUACGCCCGAAUACUGAAAUGCUACUCAAUUUUAAAUUGUACUUAAAUAUCGUUCUAUCUCUGUCAUUUUACAAAGAAUUAGUAGUGACAGAACUAUUGUUGAGAGCGUCUUAAUAUUGAGUGGCGUUUGAGUAUUUGACCAUUAGUGAAACUAUUCCGUCUAACCUACUCGUAUCAUAAGUAGUCAAAUAGUUUUUAAUACUAAGUUCCAGUCACAUAAACAUACAGUUACUAUCUCUGUCGCACAACUGUAAUCUUCCUAUACUAGACAGAGAAAGGUAUACAAUCGUUUGUGUGUCUUGAACUCGAAGCUUAAUAAGGGUGGACCUAUAAAUGGACCCUGUGGAACACCAUACCUCUAUUCAUUGUCAUUCAUCAUUAAUAGCAACAGCUCAGCUCUUAACUAACAAACGAAGCGUUGUUAAAAACUAGAUUUAGGUAAGCGCCAUGGCAUUCCGAUAAACCGAAAAAAACUUUUUACAACUUGACUUUGACUACUUUUGUUAACAAAUUAGUAUGGUCCGCCCUUUAUAUGAAUUAGGUAGGAUGAUUAUAAUGGCUGAUAUAACUAGGUGUGCACUAAAAUAUGGCUUUGUUAUCGUACUACAGAGUGAUGCAGAGCGUAUACUAAUUAUUUAUAUCUGUGAUCCUAUCCGCCAUUAAUUAAUAUCCUAAUGAGAGCAGACAUAGACAUUAUUGUACUGAAGCAAACAUUCAUUUAUCAAAUUAUAAUAAUUACAGAUUUUGUCGCAAAUGUUCAGGAGAAUCAUAUUUAAAUUAUAGUAAUUCAUUAUUCGUAUAACUAUCGUGUGUUUUGCAAAAUAGGAUAAUGUUCUUGCGGCUACGGGGAAGCCCGACUGGUUUCGAGCUCAUACGGAGCCCUUAGUCAUGAGUGUAGCGUGUGAGGAGAAAGCCGUAUGGAAAUUAUCUAAUUUCGUAAUAAUAGAUGUUGAUGUUUAAAUUAAUUUUAUGUAAUUGGCUGCGCCCUGUGAAAAAAAGUAUUAUGCGGGUUGUGUCAACUUUAAUUAUCUCAACGAAUUGUCAUUUUUUAUAUUAUUUUCUGCAUUAUGGACAUGAAUAAAUACUAUAUAGUUUUAUAUAA